GACAGCGAGCAGAAGGAGCGAACCAUUUUCUUGAAAUUGUACAGACGUCUUUUAGUAAUAUGUGGCACAUCUUCCCAAAGGAUCUGUAUCGUGGAUGCUGUUGGAUAUUUGACAAAGUGAUGCAUUUUCUCGAAAUUGUACAGACAUUUUUUCAUUAUAUGUGGCACAACUUCCCAAAAGAUCUGUAUCGUGGAUGCUGUCGGAUAUUUGCCAAAGUGACGAACCAUUUUCUUGAAACUGUACAGACGUCUUUUAGCAAUAUGUGGCAAUUCUUCAAAAGAAAUCUGUAUCGAGGAUGCUGUUGGAUAUUUGCCAAAGUAAAGACGUCUUUUAUGUGGCACAUCUUCCCAAAAGAUCUGUAUCGUGGAUGCUGUUGGAUAUUUACCAAAGUGAUGGAAAAAGAAGAGAGAAAAAUGUACCCGUACCAGGUCCAGAAAUUUGAGCCAUUCCAACCCAAUCAAGGAAAAUACUAUGUAAUUGAGAUGGGCAAGUCAGGCGAUUUGCGAAAGCAGAUUUUAGGUCAUCUCCAAAAGAAAAGAGCUUAUUUGGAGGAGGUGCACAGUGUGGACGAUUGUAAUGUGAUUCUGGUUUUCUGCCCCAUUGUUUCACGGGCAGGAACUGACAUUGAUGCUGCACUGAAUGAACUCAAUACAUGUUCAGAAACAGCAUCCAAACCAGCUAUUUUGAUGGUGUUCCAUCACUCAUUCGACUGUUAUAAAACUGUACCAGACAGCAGCAGAUCUAUAAACAGGAGAAAUACACUCACAGUGGACUGUCUUUUCAAUGAAGAUGAAGGAUUGUUGGCAUGUGAAAGGAAUGAUGAGGCACUGGCAAAAAUUGUUCAGUGUUUCAAAAAUCAGCAUUUUCUUGAAAUUGUACAGACGUCUUUUAUAUGGAACAUCUUCCCAAAAAAUCUGCAUCAUGGAUGCUGUUCGUUAUUUGCCAAAGUGAUGACAAUAUGGCCAGGAAAAGAUAGAGGAACGUAUAAAUCAAGUACAUACACUGAAAGAAGCAGACUGAUAUAUGCAGAUGAAGAAAGUAAGAAUGAAAACCUAAAGCAUGAUGUUGAAAAAAAUGAAUGAUCCAAUAAAAUAAACCAAUCGACAAAGAAGUAAAAUGAUGCUGGGAGAUUGCAUCUUUUUAGUAUGAUGAGUGUCAUUGCAACUUUAAACUAUAAUAAGCUCUAGAAUGUGUUAAGUUCUAAUUAGAUACAUGCAAAUAGAUGAUUGUUGUGCUUCAUAGCCUGCAUGAACAUUAAUAUUGAGACUUUAGAUUGAGAAGUUCAGCAUGACAAUAGAAUUACAGCUGCAUUAUUUUGAUUGUGGGCUACUGUUCCAUUGUGUUGGGACAUCAAUCUAUGAUACCGAUCCUUGUAACAUCACUCGCUGACAUGGAUAUGUUAAUAAAAAAAAUUAAG